AUGGAAUCUGUCCUCCGCCACGAUCUCGUCAGACGUUUCUGGGGCUAUCAGGCGUCAUUGGAAACAGACCUGAGAUCGUGCGGGACGAGUUUACGAGACAGAAUUCCGCCUCACUCGAAGCAGGCCGGCAAAGUCCGAGCCCAAAUUAGCCACGAUACUAUCAUUCAGGACAUGAUUUCUCCUCGUGUGACUUUCCACGGUACGCCCCUUCAGUCAGUAGGAUCGAUUGUCCGCCAUGGUUUCAAGAUGCCUGGGAAAUUAGUGGAAGAGCAAGUCGUCGCCUCUCCUAGAUCGGGCGUAGCAUUUGAUCGAGGAAUCUACUCAUCCCAAGAGGCCUUCUAUGCCAUAUCUUAUGCUCGUGGGCAGAAAGAGAUGACCCCAGUCGGCAUGCUGCCUAGUAUGAGGUUAUUUGUCUGCGCUACUAUCAUGGGUCGAACAUAUACCGGGAGUGACGGACGCCACGGUCCCUUGAUUGAAGGUUAUGACUCGCACUUCGACGGGGGCUUUGAAUACAUCGUCCACGAUGAACUGGCCAUGAUUCCCUGCUAUUUCAUCCACCUCGAUCUCGGCUCAGAGGCAGCCAAGCAGGCCCUCAAAGACGUACAGACCAACCCUGAGGAAUUCAACAACCUGACCAAGACCAAGAAGCGCCCCGAAGCGAAAAGCACGGCGCCUGGAGAUAUCCAACGUGAGAAGGAAGCUAGAAAAGCGGCAGCUCUGAAGUGGUUUCCUUAUGGCUUUGGUCCUGCUACGGGUACAAGAUUUGUGAUUGAGGAGGUGGGCGAGAUCUCGGACGAUGAAGAGGAAUACGGAGAAUGGCAAGCGGAGAAGCAUGGCUAUUCCAAUUCCGACAUCGAGAAGGACACUGUUUGGGACGACGAAGGGCGGGAGUACUAUGAUGAGAAUGGAAACCUGGUGAAGGAAAAGAGGCAUUUGAGGGAUCAAUAUCAGCAUGCCACGCGAGCACACAAGAAUAAAAGGGGGUCCUGA